CGGCGCCGCGGCCGCGCUCUUGGAGGUGGUGGGCGGGGAGGAGAGGGGAAGGAAGAAGGGCGGGCGGGCGCAAGGCUGCGGAGGAGGAGGAACUUGUUGCGCCCGCGGCUGCGCGGUGCCGCUUUCUCCGCUCCAGUUCGCCCAGGCCGGCUCGGCGGCGGCGGUGGUGGCGGCAGCGGCAGCGCGGUACUAGGGCGAUGCGGCGCUACCUGCGCAUCGUCGUGCUGUGUCUGGGCUGCGGCUUCUGCUCGCUUCUCUAUGCCUUCAGCCAGCUCGCCGUGUCACUGGAGGAGGGAGCAGGCGGCGGUGGCGGGAAGCCGCAGGCCGCAACGGCUUCCUGGCUGGCGGGCGGCGGACGCGGCGCCGCGAGAUGGGCUGGCAGCGCGGACCCCGGGGCGCGUCCCGGCUGGUCCGACAGGUGUAAAGAUUUCUCUGUGUGUUACUGGAAUCCCUAUUGGAUGCUGCCCUCUGAUGUUUGUGGAAUGAACUGCUUUUGGGAAGCGGCUUUUAGGUAUGGUCUGAAGAUACAGCCCAUUGAAAGAAUGCACCUAGCUGUGGUUGCCUGUGGUGAAAGACUGGAAGAAACUAUAACCAUGUUGAAGUCAGCUAUAAUUUUCAGCAUCAAACCUCUUCAGUUCCAUAUUUUUGCUGAAGAUCAGCUACAUGACAACUUUAAAGGCAUACUUAAUAGCUGGUUAUUACUACAAACAUUUAAUUAUACAUUAUACCCAAUAACCUUUCCAAGUGAGAAUGCAGCGGAAUGGAAAAAACUCUUUAAACCAUGUGCUUCCCAGAGAUUAUUCUUGCCAUUAAUCCUGAAAGAAGUUGACUCACUGUUGUAUGUCGACACUGAUAUCCUUUUUUUACGACCCAUUGAUGAUAUUUGGUCUUUACUAAAGAAAUUUAAUUCCACACAAAUUGCUGCAAUGGCACCAGAGCAUGAAGAACCUCGGAUAGGAUGGUAUAAUCGCUUUGCCAGACAUCCAUACUACGGAAAAACUGGAGUAAACUCUGGAGUUAUGCUGAUGAACAUGACUCGAAUGAGAAGGAAGUAUUUCAAGAAUGAUAUGACAGCUGCACGCCUGCGAUGGGGAGAUAUGCUCAUGCCAUUGCUUAAAAAAUACAAACUGAACAUCACGUGGGGCGACCAAGAUUUACUGAAUAUCAUAUUUUUUCAUAAUCCAGAAAGCCUCUUUGUUUUUCCAUGUCAAUGGAAUUAUCGACCAGAUCAUUGUAUAUAUGGAAGCAAUUGCCAAGAAGCAGAAGAAGAAGGAAUCUUUAUUCUUCAUGGGAACAGAGGUGUUUACCAUGAUGAUAAGCAACCAGCAUUUAGAGCUGUUUAUGAAGCACUGAGAAAUUGCUCUUUUGAAGAUGACAGUGUUCGUUCCUUAUUAAAACCUUUAGAACUGGAGCUACAAAAUACAGUGCAUACAUACUGUGGAAAAAUCUACAAAAUAUUUAUCAAACAACUAAUGAAAAGCGUAAGAGACCGUUAUGAGAGACCACCAAAGGAAAGGUGACUUUUGGUGACUGCCAAAUCAACUGAAUUAAAAGACAAAAUGUCAGAGUGUGAAGGGAUAGUCUUGAACAGAGUGUUCAGGAAGGAGUUAGUUAUCCACCUUGAGAAUAAUUUUUUUCCUGAUGGGGUUAAAUGAGCAAUAUGUUCAUGUACUGAAGAAUAAGUUAAAAUCUUGGACCCCAAUAAGAAGACAUUUUUGAUCUCUGGUGUUUUGUAGCAUUAUUUAUCAUUCCAGUAUUGAUGAAAAUGUGUUAUUAUAUGGUUAUAGUCUAAAGACUUCCAUUGACUGCCCUGGAGUAAGAACAGUAGGGGUGUAUGGAUGGAAAAAAUGUACCUCAUACCCAAUGAAAACACUCAAACUGUGAGUAUAGCAAUAAUUUUAUGUCAGCACUAACCUCACUUUAAAUGUGUGAGAACAAACUUGUUUACAGGAGCAGGAAAGGUUCUGUUUCUAAAGAAAUGUGACAUAACUGAUGUAACCAUUGACAAUCUGUAUGUGCCUUUAUACAUUUCAUCUCUGUUUUAAAAUAUUUCUGUGACAAUCGUGUUUAAAACUAUUUUUAGAUUAUAAGUAAGCUGCAUGUUUAAAACAGCUGUAUAAGAAGGUGGUGAGAGAGUGAAAUGUUUAGGUUUUAGUUAUUGGGGUUUUGUGUGUAUGUGUGUUUGUGAAAUGUAGUCUCUUAUUUCAUUUUGUAUAUGCUAAACUGUCUUGCCAAAACUCAGAUCUAAGAUUGUUAAACAUAUUUUGGGAGAUUUUUAUCAUUUUAAAUGAAAAAUUUCAGCUUUACUGGGCAUUCUGGAAACAAAAAAUAUUGAGUUGAUAAUAAAUUGGGAACCUUGAUAGUAUAUACUAAUAUGAUGGUGGAAAAUGUGAUGAACCAAAAUGCAUAAGCUAAACACUUCCAUGAACAGUAGUUUUAGUUGUAAUGGAACAGAAACAAGUGGCCCAUUUAAACUUUUUUCUUCUACCUCAAAAUGGCAUUGCAAGAUAUUUUAGAAGAAACAAAUAAAUAGAGCCUUACUGUAAGUUAGACAACUUUGGUGAAUGAUUUGGAUUAAAAAGAUGAUUGUAACAUCUGACUUACAGAAAACUAGUUUUGAUUAAGUUAAAGUGCAUAUCUUCCAUUUUUUGAAUAUCACUUAAGACAGUUAAUUAUUUUUAAAUCCUGAAGACCAGAAAAAUACUACAUCUCUUGGCAUUCUUGACCUGCUAACUAAUAUAACUGUAGAUCCUGGGUACUUCGCAUGUACUGUGCUGGGGGCACAGAUCUCAUUUUCCCAAGUGCCAUAAGGUCAUCUUCUUUUUCUGUCUUCAGUAUUUUAAUGCUUAAAUAGAGAAGGGAAUAUCAUGAAGGAAAAGUAUCACUCCUGUGAAAAUAGUGGGGAUUGGCUUUAUGAAGACACGGUGCCCUCCAUAGAAACAUCGAAUAUGCAGAAAGAAAGGAUCAGUUGUCCCAUGUCUUCUGCAGAUCAAUCAGGGACAAAUUGAGAGAGGGUGGGAGUAAGAAGUUGAUAAUUAAUCCAGCAUUCUUAGAACAGAUAGAUUUAGAGAGCACGAUCUGUACUUCCUUGGCAGAAUGCCACAGUGAGUGCAAGAACCUGUGAACUGUGUUGAAAUUGAGCCUUCUGAGUAGAAAAUCAGAAUCCUAGAAUUUUGAAGUUUGGAGGGUAUAUAUGAGAUCAUUUAGUGGUUCCCAAAUGACACCACUGCCUGCAUGGCUAUACGACUCUCAUAGGGAGCUUGUGAAGAAUAGAUUCCUAGGCUUUAUCCUUUGGAGACUCUGGUAUAUUGUAUCUAGGAUAGGGUCUGCAAAUCUUUUUCUUAUUGAAAAGAUUUAAACAUCGCACAAAAGUAGAAUAGUAUGAUGUUACUUAUCACCCAGAUCAAACAUGUAUCAGUGUUUUCCCAUGUUUGCUUCAUCUAUCCCUUUUCUUCUUUUCUGAAUUAUCUUAAAAAGCUAUAGACAUCAUGUUCUUUCACUGCUAUGAACACUGCAUAUUAACAGUUUGCUGAUCCCAAUGACAUACAUCAUACCUAACAAAAGUAACAAGAGCCCUUUGGUUUCUUCUAAUAUCCAGUCCUCAAGCAAAUUUCCCUGAUUUUUCAAAUAUGCUAUUUUAUAGUUGGUUUGUUAGAAUUAGGGUGCAUAAAAAAGCCACAUACUGGUUUAUGAGUUUUUAACAAGCACCUCAGAUGAUUUUGAUGUUAGCUAGUUUGGGAACCACCAGAAAUUAUUUUGACCGUUUGAAGCUUGAAAGUAGGAUACCACAACUCUUGGCAUAGAUGAUGGAUUAUAAAGUAUGAUUCUGAAAUAUUGUUAUAGAGGAAGCACUCUGGGUUAUUAACAAGAUACGAAUUUAUUAAGUUCCUUAAGAUUUGCCAUGUUUUAUGCAAAUAAUGCUCACCUUUUACGUUUGUUUGCCAACCGAGCCCUCUCACCCCCAGGUAUUUUUGUAAGCAUGCUAUGCUAAUUAGUUUUUUACAGCAACAUAUUUAAAAAUAUUGGCACAGCAUCGCUUAUGAAAAUACCUCGCACCUUCCCCUUGCAAUUGACAAACAAACAUAGAAGGUGUGUGUUAUUUGCAUAAAAAAUGGUAAUUUCCUCAGUGAAUGGAGAACUUCAGCCCCGUGGGCCCUAAUACAAUUGGUUGGAACUAUGUAGAGUGUCGUCAUAGUGUAUGGCACUGGACUGUAUACUGCGAUCUAACACAUCUAUUGUGGCUUAUUUACACUGUCACACGCUCUACCUUGUGGAGCAUUUGGAAGGUUCUUCAUCCGGUUUAUUCAGACCUAACCUAAUUGGACGUUUUACUACAAAUUGGAUUAUGGUGAAAACUCUCUAUUGAAGGACUAUUUUUAUCUAAAAUUAAGGGUAUCAUAGAAAUUGCGUAACAAUAUUAAAAUGAAUUUUCUGUAUUUACCUUUAGAAGGUAAUUUUUCCUUGAGCAUUCUCAAAAAAUACAGUUCUCAGAGUUAAUGAUGUUAAAUUAUAGGUGGCCAGCUUACAGUAUGUAUCACAUUGUUUUUCAGUGUAAAUGUUCUUUUCAUAGAACAUAGUAAAUCUAUGCAGUUUAUGUAAAUUACAUAUCCUUUGAGUCUGUAUGUUAGAACAGUUCUGAUCUCAGAACUAUCUCUGGGCUACACUAUUACCAAAGUGGAAUGAUUUGAAAAAGUAGUCAAACUUGUAUGAAGUAGCCGAUUUAAAAGAACUUGGAAAAUCUUGAGAAAAUAUAUAUUGUGAUUUACAUUUUAAGGAAAUACAUACUCCCCCCGCCCCCCAUAAAGAGUCGUUCAUUAUGUAUAAGAUAACCAGGUUACCUUGAACACUUUAGAGCCUGAGACAAGAUAGCUGCUUUACCCAUUGCUCUGUGUUGCCUCCAGUCAGAUGUUACUGGUGUAGCGAAAAGAACAGGCUGUGAACUAAAACUGUGUUUUCUUCUUGGUUGUGGACCUCAGGCUUAUCACUUAACUCCCUCUGUGCCUUAUUAGGUUUUUAAGUACAAUCAAUAUGCCCUACAAACCUCACAAGAAGAUGAGCCUCUGAAGAGGCAGUGGAUUUGAAGGCAUUCUGCGUGGCUUAUCUAAUGCCACACCAGUGUUACUGUUGAAGUUCUGUUUUACACUGUUGUCUCCUAUACUGAUCAUUCUGUUUACUUAGGGUAAAUGUUUUCUGACAUAUAUUAUGUAUCCAGUAUGAAUUUGCUUAUAUUAUGUAAGGAGGAAUUUUUAGGAAAAGAAAGUAGAGAAGCAAAGAAUAAUGUAAAAGAAUGAUCAGAAAA